ACCCUGGAUACAUGGGAGAAGCAAAUUCAGCAUUAAUGCUACAGUGCUACAGUUUUUGAUGUGCUGUGCCUUUAAGACCAUGAACGUAUUCUGAGCUUUCUGAUAUUUCCCAGAGCUAGGAGUGUCUGAUGCAGGCAGGGAUGGAAAUAGAGUCCACUUCAACAUCUGUGAGUUUAUAACUCUCUUUAUAUCUGGUUUCUAAUCAUCUUUUCCUCCACCUUCUUGCAACUUGGCUACUCUGCUUGUGGCUUUUAAGAAAAAAUCCUUUAAAAAAAAAAAGCAUCAGAAAGUUCUAAGAUGUCAUUUGGAGGGGGCAGUUCAGCCGCGAAAAAUGCAAGAACCUGCAAGAGAUCUAAAACUGUGAAGCGACAUGCCAGCAUCUACACCUAUCCGGAACCACCUCACAGCAACUCAGAUGAAGAUAAUGGGGAUGAGAAGGGCGACAGCAAUGACCCCGAACAGAUCUUCCAGAACAUACAAUUUCAGAAGGAAAUUAUGGCCAACAUUCGUUGCAGGCCAUGGCCCAUGAGACAAAAACUCCGAGCAUUGAGACAAGCUAAAGAGAUUGUAUUGAAGUACGAAGGUCGGCUGACUCGGACAAGAGGCUAUCAAGCUGCUGGAGCAGAGCUAUGGAGAAAAUUUAUUAGGCUUGCAUAUAACUUCGUGGUCAUCUUCAUUCCUUGGGAAAUGAGAAUCAAGAAAAUUGAAAGUCACUUUGGCUCAGGGGUCGCCUCUUACUUUAUCUUUUUGCGAUGGCUGUUUGGCAUCAACAUUGUCCUCACCAUCAUGACAGGAGCCUUUGUGGUUUUGCCAGAAAUCUUGGCUGGAGAUGCCUUUGGAACUACGCCCAACAAGCGGAUCCCCAGUGAUCAAUUUCAUUCUGCACAAGAUCUGGAUACCAUCUGGUCUUUGGGGGGUUACCUUCAAUACUCCGUUUUGUUCUAUGGAUAUUAUGGGCAGGCAAGGAAAAUUGGGAGUGCUGGUUACCGACUGCCCCUUGCCUAUUUCCUUGUUGGAAUGGCAGUCUUUGCCUACAGUUUCAUCAUUCUCUUGAAGAAGAUGGCCAAAAAUUCAAGACUGAGCCUUGCAAGUGCUUCUGAUGAAAACUACACAUUUUGUUGGAGAUUGUUUUGUGCCUGGGAUUACUUGAUUGGCAACCCUGAAGCUGCAGAGAGCAAGUCUGCUGCCAUAGUGAACAGCAUCCGGGAAGCUAUCUUGGAAGAGCAAGAAAAGAAAAAAAGCACAAACCUGGCGGUGACAAUAGCCUUAAGAAUCAUUGCAAACAUCUUGGUGCUUCUCUGCCUUGCUGGAAGUAUUUACAUCAUUUAUUUUGUAGUGGAUCGAUCCCAGAAGUUGGAAAGGAUGAAAAAAGAGCUGACCUUGUGGGAAAAGAAUGAAGUGAGCGUGGUUGUGUCUCUCAUCACCAUGCUUGCACCAUCUGCAUUUGAACUGAUAGCUGCAUUAGAGAUGUAUCACCCCCGAACUACUCUUCGUUUCCAGCUUGCCAGAGUUUUGGUCUUAUAUUUGGGAAAUCUCUACAGCUUGAUCAUCGCCCUUCUGGAUAAAGUGGAUAGCAUGAGCUUUGUUGAGACUGAAGUUCUUAAAAAUAGAAGUAACGCCGUGGAUACCACUACCUUCUUAGCAGCAAAAAUCCUUCUGGAGCACAACUUUUCAACCCCAACUCCAAAUAUGCAAACAAUUAAGAAUGGCACUUUCCUUCUAUCUGAGAAUCACACCCAAAGCUACGCUCACCUGAUUCAACUCAACAAUACAGCACCUUAUGACUUCAACAGCAGAAGUCACCAAAGUCAAUGCUGGGAGACCUAUGUUGGUCAAGAGAUGUUGAAAUUGUCAAUUAUCGAUAUGCUGUUCACAGUAGCUAGCAUCCUCCUGAUUGAUUUCUUCCGUGGGCUUUUUGUCCGGUACUUAAGUGACUGUUGGUGCUGGGAUCUAGAAAGCAAGUUUCCAGAAUAUGGGGAAUUCAAAAUAGCAGAAAAUGUCCUGCAUUUGGUCUACAAUCAAGGGAUGAUCUGGAUGGGAGCCUUCUUUUCCCCCUGCCUGCCUGCGUUCAAUGUCCUCAAGCUGAUUGGGUUGAUGUACCUGAGAAGUUGGGCAGUGUUGACCUGUAAUGUCCCACAUCAGCAAGUCUUCCGAGCUUCAAGAUCUAACAACUUCUACUUAGCUAUGCUUCUAUUUAUGCUCUUUCUGUGUAUGCUCCCAACGAUCUUUGCUAUUGCUCGCUACAAGCCAUCUCUAACCUGUGGCCCAUUUAGUGGGCAAGAAAAAAUCUAUGACAUUGUGUCUGAAACUAUUCGAAAUGACUUUCCUCCCUGGUUCAACUCUGUGAUGGCUUACCUCAGUAGUCCCGUGGUGGUCCUUCCAGCUUUGUUAUUACUCUUCAUGCUAAUAUAUUACCUGCAGAGUAUUGCGAGGUCAUUAAAAUUCACCAACAACCAACUAAGGAUGCAGAUCCAAACAGAAAGAACUGAAGACAAGAAAAAAGUGGUCCAAAUGGCAGCAGCUAGAAUCCAAAACGUAGAAGGAAAUGGCAAGAGGCCCGAACAGGAGACUGACGUCAUCAGUCAGGAGUCUUCAGCUCGGUCCUCAACCCCUAGGAAAAACGGCAGUGUAGUAAACUUUGAAUCUCCUAAAGCCAGCCAAAUACAGACAAUAUCUCAAUCAGUGCCACCACCUGAAAUACUGAAAGCAGUGGGACCAUCCCCAGCAAAAGAUAAUCCAGGUAUUCCGACACCUGUAGCGCCAAUACCCGUCACUCCAACGCCACCUAUUCCUGAGAUGGUGAAACCUAGAACAGAACCUUCAAUCAACAGAUACCCAAACCCGAUCCAUGGGAGUGCUAGUGAACUCUGCAAAACCAAAGCCUAUACUCCUGUAAAGGUGAAGAAACCCGUGGAAGAUGUUCAUUCAGAGCCCUUGUUCAGAAAGUGCCCCCAAAUGAAGCCGGAGCCUCACGGGCCCCCCGGGGGCCCCCCUUUUGUGAGCCGCAGAGCUCACACAGCCAAGUACUACCUUGUCAACGAGCAUCAGCCCCGUAAAAAAAUCUUCCGUGCCACAACUCGGCUGCCAAGGAACAUCCGGAUGGACGAGGCAGGUGACUUCGUGGAGUUGUAUCCGCGUCACGUCAGAAGAUACGUGGUCCGAACGCCCCGCAGGGCCUACUCGCCUCAUUACACUGAGGAGGAAGAAGAAGAGUACAGAAGAGGCGUCGCUAGGCAGACUCACCGCCCACGGUCCUUGUCGGACCUUCGGGCCCCCCCUCGCUUCUACAUCGGGGAGUGGACCGACAACCAGGUUCUGCCGAGCAGGUCUCUAGCGAAAAUGCACUACAAGUCUUGGGAAGAUGGUUUUGGGUUGACCUACAGCAGGGGACCCCAUCCUCACAGAAAGAUACACCUGAAGAAUAUUGAAUUCGACCAGCAUUACCCAGAACACCCUGCCAAAGCCAAGCCCAAACCCAAACCGGUUCCAUCCCCCACCGAGUCGGAUUCCAUUUCUCCUGAAUCGAGCAGCGAUCAGCCCACCAGUGGCAACGAUCAGUACAUCCAAGUCAUUCCCAGCAAAGAGAAAUAUCUGAAAUCGGGAGUCAAAGGAACCCCCCAAAAGACAAAGUCCGGCAUGGAGUUGAACCUGGCCGAAAUGAAUGACCUGAUAUGCUCCAAUGUCUAAUUUAAUUUAAUUAUUUAAUUUAUCAAAUUUCUAUGCCGCCCAACUCCCAAGGGACGCAGAUAAAGUGGGGAGGGGCGGGAGAGAGAAAAGACUGCAACAUUUGAGAACUGUAAACUUGGGGUACCCUCAGAGCUCUGUCGGAUACCCCCCAAAUCCCAAAUGCUUCUGCAUUGCUAUAUUCUACUUGAGGAUGAAUGUUGGGUUAGCUUCAAUCCUAUAACAUUCUUCUUAUUUGCUUAUUCUUGGCUGAAUUAUCCUCGCUCUAUCAUUAUACUGCAAUAAAUGACCAUUAAAAAUCAUCUUUAACAAGCACAGAGGAGAAACUGAUCCCACACUAUGAAUCUUGCUGUAUUUAAGUAAUGGAUUCUGGCAUCAGCAGGCCAGCUUCCAGAACAGGGGCUGCCGUCUCUGUUCAACUUCAAUUACUCUGCUCACU